UAAGAACUGUAGUGAAAUGAAAAUAGAGAAAUGAGCACAAUAUUUAAUAAUAUAAUUAUUAUUAUGUAACAAAUUUAACUCAGUCGUGAGUCCACGGUUGAUCGAAUUUUUAUCGUGGACGCAACAUUGAAAUGCGUCGAAUGAAAGUAACACGUCAUCAGUAUUGGGGUACGCUAUAGGAUAGCUGGCAGUCAAUACAGAGGUAUCUUUAUAAAGUUUUAUCGUUAGGUAUUGCAAUACGAUUGUCGAACGUCUUUAUAAUUUUUUUUUGAUUUUAUUGGCAUAUUAAACUUUACCGUGCCAACAUGGAUGAGUGGAUUGAGAAUGUUGUAGAACUAGAUUCGAACAUCGAGUCAUACCCAAAUCCAGGAACCAAAGUGUUUCAGUAUGGCACGUCGGGCAUUCGUUACAAUUCUGAACAUUUAGACCAUGUCCUGCAUCGGAUGGGCAUGUUGGUCGCUCUGCGUUCAAUACAUUUGAAAUCAGCAGCAGUUGGGCUAAUGAUAACAGCUUCACACAAUCCGCAAGACGAUAACGGCAUCAAACUCAUUGACCCUCUAGGGGAAAUGUUGGAAAGCUCAUGGGAAGUGUAUGCCACCCAAUUGGCCAACGCUCCUAAUAAUCAGGAUGUAUGUGCGAUGCUCAUAAAUAUUGCUUCUGAGAAUAAUAUCGACAAAAAGUAUAUACCACGUGUAUACAUUGGGCGUGAUACCAGAAAUUCUGGUAAAAGAUUAUUGGACGCUGUACUUAGCGGUGUUAAAGCUUUUAAAAGUAAUGUUGAAGAUUUCGGUAUAAUAACAACACCAAUGUUACACUUUUUUGUGAGAUGUUAUAACACUAAUGGCCUGUACGGUCAGCCAAAUGAACAUUCUUAUUAUACUAAAUUAACAAACAGUUUUAAAACUUUGCGUAAAAUGUGUUUAGAUUUAAAAAAUUAUAGCCCUGUAAUAGAAUUUGAUGGUGCUAACGGGGUAGGUGCUUUAAAAAUGAAAGAUGCAAUCAUACAUUUAGAAGAGACAUUGGUGAUUAAUAUGCAUAACGAUGACAUAAUGAAUACAGAAAAACUUAAUUACAAAUGUGGUGCAGACUUUGUGAAAUCAAACCAAUGCCCUCCUACUGGAAUGGCUAUUCAACCACACUCUAAAUAUGUAUCUGUGGAUGGAGAUGCGGAUAGGAUAGUUUAUUCUUUUGUUGAUGAAAACAACAAAUUUUAUUUAUUAGAUGGUGAUCGAAUCGCUACACUUGUGGCUGGUUAUGUAAAAGAUUUGUUCAUUGCUUCUGGUCUUGAUGUCAACGUAGGGUUAGUGCAAACUGCUUAUUCAAAUGGAAAUUCUACAAAAUAUGUAACAGAUAAAUUGAAAGUACCUGUUGCCUGUGUUCCAACUGGGGUGAAAUAUCUUCAUCAUAAAGCCAACGAUUACGAUGUUGGUAUUUAUUUUGAAGCAAAUGGCCAUGGCACUAUAUUAUUCAAGGAUGCCAUACGUGAACUUAUUCGAAACCAAUAUGGUAUCGAAGAAGAUGAAGUAAAGUCACUAGCACUGAAGAAAUUGAUUUGUGUCAUGGAUAUGACUAAUGAAACUGUAGGUGAUGCUUAUUCCGACAUGUUGAUUGUUGAGUCUGUACUUUGUGAACGGGGAUGGAGCAUUAGUGAUUGGUAUAAAACAUAUUCAGAUUUACCAAAUCGUUUGCAAAAAGUUACUGUUAAGGACAGAAAUACAUUUGAGACAGGUGACGCUGAGAGAAUUUGUAUAAAACCACAAGGUCUUCAAGAAAAAAUAGAUGCUAUCGUUUCAAAGUAUUCUAUGGGAAGAUCGUUUGUCAGGCCUUCUGGUACAGAAGAUCUGGUGAGAAUUUAUGCUGAAGCAGACACUCAAAUCAAUGCAGAUAAACUUGCGGUUGAAAUUGCUACCGCUGUUUAUAAUAUAGCUGAUGGUGUUGGAGAAAAACCAGAAUAAACUAAACUUUAUUAAGUACAAUUCAAUGUGUUCAAAUGUAGUAAUUAUUCAGGGUUAAUAGAACAUACAUAAUUUAAGGAAAUGUGUACUUUUAUGAUGGUUACCUUAAUUGUUCUAAAAUAUCUAUGUUUAGUUAUUAUUGCAUUGUUUUUUUUUUGUGAAACUAAUAAAUAAUUUUGAUUAAAUGUAAACACAUAUUAUAUAGUAUAUUAUACAUAAU